CGGGCGCGUGGGGCGGCGGGCGGCUGGGCGCGGGGCGGGCGGGCUGCGGCCUCUGAGGCUGCCGCCAUGUACGCCGCCGCCGCCGCCGCCUCGCCGCCCAGGCGGGACUUCAUCUCCGUCACCCUCAGCCCGGACGAGGCGCCGGGCGCCGGCGGCUACAACAACAGCAAGGCCUGGAGGCGGCGCUCCUGCUGGCGGAAAUGGAAGCAGCUGUCUCGACUGCAGCGGAGCAUAAUUCUCUUCCUGUUUGCCUUCUUGAUGGUCUGCGGAGUCAUUUCAUACACAAGUGUGGGGGAACCUUGGAAAAGUUUAACAAACAAAUCAUCGGAUGAGCAUGGAACAGAACCAGAUGCUCCUGGAUUAAAGCUGGCGAAUCCAGCUGUCCUACCAGCGCCCCAGAAGGCAGAUGCCAACGCUGGAGACUACCUAGAGCUUUCACCUCAGGAGAAACCAAAAUUACCACAUGGUCGGCGUAAUCCUUCCAAUUUUCAGAUCAAGCCCCCAUGGGGGGACGUGAGGCUGCAAACCCGACAUGACACCAGCAAGGCAGUAGAAGAGCCAGUCCAGGCUGAUAAACAGGAGAAAACAGAGAAGUCUGUUAUCAGCUGGAGAGGAGCAGUGAUAGAACCCGACCAAAGCAGUGAACCUCCAUCUAAUAGAGUAAAGGAACCAGAAAAACCUUCAUCUGUGGAAGGUGAAAGCCAGAAGGAACCAGUGCCCAUAAAUGAACGUCAGAGGGCUGUGAUAGAAGCAUUCCGCCAUGCAUGGAAAGGAUACAAAGAUUUUGCCUGGGGCCAUGAUGAACUGAAGCCAUUGUCCAAGUCUUACAGUGAGUGGUUUGGCCUUGGGCUUACCUUAAUUGAUGCCUUGGAUACUAUGUGGAUUUUAGGCCUGAAAGAAGAGUUUGAAGAAGCAAGAAAAUGGGUAGCAAACGAUUUAGCCUUUGAUAAAAAUGUGGAUGUGAACCUGUUUGAGAGCACUAUUCGUAUCCUGGGUGGCUUGCUGAGCGCCUACCAUCUCUCUGGGGAUAGCCUCUUCCUGGAAAAAGCUAAAGACAUUGGGAACAGGCUCAUGCCAGCAUUCAGGACUCCUUCCAAAAUCCCGUACUCUGAUGUCAACAUUGGCCGUGGCACUGCGCAUCCGCCCCGCUGGACGUCUGACAGCACUGUGGCAGAGGUGACCAGUAUUCAGCUGGAGUUCAGAGAGCUCUCUCGUCUCACUGGGGAUGAAAAAUACCAGAAAGCUGUUGAUGAAGUGAUGAAGCAUGUUCACACCCUGUCAGGGAAAAAUGAUGGACUGGUGCCUAUGUUCAUAAACACCAACAGUGGACAGUUCACUCACUUAGGUGUUUAUACUCUGGGAGCCAGAGCAGACAGCUACUAUGAGUAUUUGCUCAAGCAGUGGAUUCAGGGUGGGAAAACAGAAAAUGAACUGCUGGAGGACUAUAUGAGAGCCAUAGAAGGUGUGAAAAAGCAUCUUCUUCAGAGGUCACAACCCAAGAAGCUUACCUUUGUAGGAGAACUUGCUCAUGGCCAUUUCAGUGCCAAGAUGGACCACUUGGUUUGUUUUCUGCCUGGGACUUUGGCUCUGGGAGCUCACAAUGGAUUGACUGCUGAUCACAUGAAACUGGCCGAAGCUCUCAUAGAAACAUGUUACCAGAUGUAUGCACAAGUAGAGACGGGCCUGAGUCCAGAGAUCGUGCACUUCAAUCUCCAUGCACAAAAGGGCCACAAAGAUGUAGAAAUCAAGCCUGCAGACAGGCACAACUUACUGCGACCAGAAACUGUGGAAAGCCUUUUUUAUAUGUACAGAUUCACCGGAGAUAAGAAAUACCAAGACUGGGGCUGGGAAAUCUUGCAGAGCUUCAAUAAAUACACACGGGUUCCUACAGGUGGUUAUACUUCUAUUAACAACGUUCAGAACCCCAGUAACCCAGAGCCACGAGAUAAGAUGGAGAGCUUCUUUCUUGGGGAAACGCUCAAAUACAUGUUUCUACUGUUUUCAGAUGACAUAGACUUAAUUAAUCUUGACAAAUAUGUAUUUAACACAGAAGCCCAUCCACUCCCCAUCUGGGUGCCAGCAUAGACUGGAUCACAGCAGGGUUUCCAGUGGUGGUGUUUUUACCUUCAAGUCACUUUACUUUUCAGGGUGUGUGGAGAGAUGCUAUAUGACAUGUUUUCUGGCUUAAACAAAACCUUUGAGAAAGCAUUCUCAUUUGGAGAUGUCAUGUCUUAAACCUAAUCCCUGUGCUUUGGACCUGGGAUGAAAAAACUGUGCAAUAUUAAGCUGCUUUUCCUGGUAUUGAUGGUGAGGUUCAGAGAAUAUUCAUAAUGUGGACCAUGACACAGGGCUCUGGUGGAUCAGAACUCCUUUUGUCAGUCUUACUAAAUGCUAAUUAAAUGCCAGGAAUGCAGAAAGUUGUCUUAAAGCACAGGAGUGUCUGGAGAGAAGGAAUAAGCCUACAGGUUUGUGGUUUAUUCCCAACAUAUGAAACACCUGGUUAUGGCACCACUUCUUCAUAAGUUCUGGAGAGAAGGAAUAAGCCUACAGGUUUGUGGUUUAUUCCCAACAUAUGAAACACCUGGUUAUGGCACCACUUCUUCAUAAGUGCCCGUGGUGUUUCAGAUGGUAAGUGGAAUAAACAGUGGAUGCUGUCCCAGGUAGAAUUAAAGCUGUCAGUGUUGAUACUGAUAGCCAGAUCUCAUUCCAAACAACCAAGCUAUGCUGCAUCAUGUUAGAAGGAGGAAGGGGCAGCAAAGUGUCUGUUGUACAGUGUCUUAGUUUUAUAGAGCACUUUGAACAAUCUGUUCAAGCGGUGGCUGAAAUGAAUGGUGGGAGAGAAUUCGCUGCUGGUUUGGCUCAAAACGGUAUAUAAUUUUGUAGACAUAUUGCAGUUUUUUAACUUAUCUGCAGCAAUGCAGGAGACAAUGUGAAUAAAGUGAAUACAUGUGA